AUGGUUGGAUUUACUUCCGAUUGCAAGUAUUACUACAUGGAACGAGUUAGCACACAAAGGCAGUUGGCCAUCGCAUUUACUAGCAAAAUGUCGGGUAACUUGCUGAGUAACACAAAAAUCAAUCCCAAAAAGCAAGCCAAGGCCAUUACAACUCGAAGUGGAGUACAACUGCCUAAAAUCUACGUCAAGAGACUGGGUGUGAUUGUAGAGACAUCUUCUCCUGCUGUAGAAGAGACUGUUGUACAAGAUGAACAACCAAAGGAAUCAACUCUAAAGGAAAAUUCAGAAAAGUCACAGGAUAAGGCCAAAUUCACAGUCAACCCAUACGAGCCUCUGAUUUCUUUUCCACACUACGCGAAGUUUUUCAAAGAUAUUAUAUCAAACAAAUGCAAGCUGGAGGACAAUGAGGCAGUGAUGCUUACAGAGGAAUGCAGUGCCAGAAUCGAGAGAAAGCUCCCACCAAAACUGAAAGACCCAAGGAGUUUUACUGUUCUUUGGAGAGCGUUGAUUGAUGUCCAAAGGGGACAGUUGAUCUUAAGAUUGAGAGAGGAACAUAUAUCGUUCAAUAUUUUCAAGGCCAUGAAACUGCCAGCAGAAUCAGAUAACUGUUACCAGUUCAGUCAGAUUCUCUUGAAGUUGAAACAUGUACAAGAUUUUUGGAGACCAACCUGCCAUACACCCGAAAGAGGCACUUUGAGGAACUGGGGACGGGAAAUGCAAAGUCGUUGCUCUCCUUCAACAACGACCAGUUUUAGAACUCAAGCAACUACCGCCACAUCUCAGAUAUGCAUAUUUGGGAGAGUCAAUACACUUUCAGUAAUCAUUUCGAACACAGUCAAUGAGGUGGAGGAAGAAAAAUUGCUCAGGGUACUCAGAGAGAAUAAGACGACGAUUUGGUGGAUAAUAACUGACAUUAAAGAGAUCAGCCCUUCUCUAUCUAUGCAUAAAAUUCUAAUGGAAGAAAAUUACAAGCCAAGUAUAGAGGGUCAGGGAAGAUUGAAUCCGAACAUGAAGGAAGUAGUCAGGGCAGAGAUAUUGAAAUUACUGGAUGCAGGAAUUAUCUACCCAAUUUCAGACAGUGCAUGGAUCAGUCUAGUUCAAGUGGUGCCGCAAAAAGGGGGAAUCACAGUGAAAAAUGAGAAGAAUAAAUCAAUUCCCACUAGAACAUUGACGGGAUGCAGAGUUUGCAUCGAUUAUCGCAAACUAAACGCAGCUACACGAAAGGAUCACUUCCUACUUCCAUUCAUUGAUCAAAUGUUGGAGAGGUUGGUUGGACAUUCACAUUACUGCUUCCUUGAUGGAUACUCGGGCUACAAUCAGAUAUCUGUCGCACCGGAUGAUCAGGAGAAAACCAUUUUCACUUGCCCCUAUGGUACUUCUACAUAUCGUAAGAUGCCUUUUGGUCUUUACAACGCUCCAGCCACAUUUCAGAGGUGUAUGAUGGCAAUAUUCUAG